UGCUUCUGUUACUCAAUGCCACAAAUCCAUACCAGAAUGAAUGGACAGCCUCACUACAAACGGUUAACAGAGUGUUUCUAUCCAUCCUAAAUCCUUGCCCACCACAAGCCACAGACAACGGUGACGUCAGCAUCGAAAAACUGAACUAAACAAGCCAUUUCCACAUGCGUGAGGCUCUGCUGUAGAGCUACGCUAACACUGCCGAUAAUAUUUGUGACAGUAGCUUUGAAUUGUAGUCAGCGUUUCCUCAGUAAUUUCACUGCGAUUCUAUUCCUUUGAUCAGCUUUAGUUUGGCGUGCGUCGUGCACCGUCGAGCAUUCGGCAAGCAUGUCAGUGAAGCCGAGCGAGGAGCCAAGUUCGGAGGCGGGGUGGUUCGGGGACGAUUUCGAGAAGAUUGAUCGCUUUGGGAGCAACGUAGCCCAGUUCGACGACUUGGAUGGGCAGCGAAUGAAAGACUGGGAGGACGAAACAAGUGAACAGAAACAGUUCUCGCACCAUCCCGAGAGCAACCGGCAACCGCUCCCUGUUGUCAUGGAAACUGCAUCUACAGACAAGUCAGAGCCUUUGAAGAAGUCCAGUGACAUGGACGACCUCUACACCUCCCUCCUGUCCAAUCAGAGCUACUCCUUCCAGAAGGACCCCCCCUCCACCUACUUCUCUGGGAGCGCGGGUGGAAAGAGCACAGGGGGUGGGGGUAGUGGGGGUAGCGGCGGUGGAGGGGGCCUGAUGGAUGACCUGAUGUCUGGGCUGGACUCGCACACCAUGUUCAGCUCCGACUCGGGCAUCGAGAUGACCCCCGGCGACCCGAGCGACUUGACCUCCUCCCGCAAGCUGUCGGAGUCUGACCGCGGCGUUGGUGCCGGUGCUGGCGGCGUCACGUCCGAUUACAGCUACAUGGACAUCAGUCGCCCGCAGCAGCAGCAGCAGCACAGUCCUCUGGAUGAUGACGACUGGGGGAGCAUCAGCAGCAAGCCCGGCGACUUCCUCUCCGGCCUGGGAGAUAUGGGCGGGAUGGGAGCCAGUAGCGCUGGAGGAAACGCUGGAGGCUACAUGGAGAAGGGAGGCUCUGGGUCAGGGGUCGCCGGCGGAGCAGGGGCAGGGGCGGGUGUGGAGACCCUGGGCCCGGCCCUGGACGCCCAGUCCUUCCCGUACGUGGAGGAGCCGUCUGACGAGGAGCUGUCCGACUACCAGCCGUACCGCUCCCCGGGGGCUGGCAGCAGCGCCAGCCCGGUGAAGAUCACCCUGACGGAGACGCCGCCGCGCUCCCCGUCACCUAACGCUCCCAUGGCCGUGUCCGAAAGGGAGAGCAUCCUGAGCCUGGGGCUGGAGGGCAUGCCCACCGUCACCCUGUCCGAGCCAGAGGACGACAGCCCAGGCUCCUCCACACCACCCUUCCCAGACGACUCACCGUCUGACCACAAAUCGGGCGACUCCAAGAGUUUUUCCCCAGACAAGACCCCCGCCCCCAAACAGCCCAGCCCAGCGGAGAAACCCAUGCCCCCCAUGCCCCCCAUGCCCAGCAGCCCCUCCUCCGGCUCCGCCUACCCCCGCUCCCCCAACGAUGCCGAGGGCAGCAGCGGCGGCGAGUCAGGCGACUCCGAGAUCGAGCUGGUGACCGAGGAGCCGACGGCCGCCGCCUUUGCCCACAGCGCGGCCUCCAGCUACAUGAGCUUCAGCAAGCCCUCAGCCCCCGCCCCCACCCCCACCCCCGCCCCCGCCCUGCCUCCGUCACUGGUCUCCGCGCCUCCUCCCUCCUCUGCGGCCACACUCAACCAGUACAGCAUCCUGCGCGAGGAGCGGGAGGCGGAGCUGGACAGCGAGCUGGCGAUGGAGUCCUGCGGCGAGGAGAGCCCCCAGCGCGGCCUCCACCACCACGAGGCCCCGGCCCCCAAGGGCCCCCGCAAGCCCGAGACCAGUCUGUUUGCGUCGGCCCCCGCAAUGCCCGCAACCGCCCCUCCGGCGCCGUCACCUCCAGCCGCCCCCGUCCCUGCUCCGUCCGCUCCUGCCCCCCAGAAAGCCCCGGCUGUGGAGGAAGUCAAAGCCAAGCCCAGCCCCGCUCCAAGCGCCCCCCCCACAACCACGGCGCCCCCGGAGCCCAAGCUGGAGAAGCCCGUGGCUGAGGAGAAGCCUGGAGAGCGGAGGCGCCCCAGCCAGGGCAAAGGCCCAGACAGACAGGCCGGGCCGCCGCCGGCCGUCUUCCAGGGCCUCAGCAGAGAGAAAGCGAUGGAGCUUCUUUACUGGCGGGACAUGAAGCAGUCAGGGCUGCUGUUUGGCAGCGUGCUGCUCCUGCUCUUCAGCCUGACCCAGUUCAGCGUGGUGAGCGUGGUGGCCUACCUGGCCCUGGCCGCCCUCUCCGCCUCCAUCAGCUUCAGGGUCUACAAGUCCGUGCUACAGGCCGUGCAGAAGACAGACGAGGGACACCCCUUCAAGUGCAGGGCAUAUCUGGAUAUGGAGAUCUCCCUGUCCCAGGACCAGAUGCAGAAGUACGCUGAGAAUGUGCAGUCCUACCUCAACAGCAUGCUGAAGGAGCUUCGCAGACUCUUCCUGGUACAGGACCUGGUGGACUCACUAAAGUUUGCUGUUCUGAUGUGGCUUCUGACCUACGUGGGAGCCCUCUUCAAUGGACUCACUCUGCUCAUCAUGGCUGUGGUGUCCAUGUUCUCCAUGCCUGUGGUGUAUGAGAAAUACCAGGCACAGAUUGACCAGUACAUGGGCCUAAUAAGGACUCAGGUCAACUCUGUAGUUGGGAAGAUCCAGGAGAAGAUCCCAGGGGCCAAGCGAAAGGCUGAGUAGGCCCCUAAAGCCCACAGGAAAGGCUCAAAGCCCCCAAUCACUCUUGCCCUCCCCAUCCCAGGGAAGGCUGAAUGAUCGGAGGGCUCCCAUACACAGAUAAACGCACGUUCACACACAUGCAGAUAUACACACAUACACUCAUGAACUCACACACACACACACACAUAAAUGCAUACGUGAACUCAUGCAUACAUACGUACAUAGGCUCACAUACAUGCAAACGCAAAUAUAAACAUGCCACACACCACAUGGUCACUGGAACAUAGUCUUAUUUUGUGUGCACUGUGGUGUUUAGAAGCUGAAGCCACGCUGUAAAGGAGAAGUCCCCACCCCUGCUGUCCGUCGUCAUAACGAUAGAGUCAAAACAGCGCUCUCUGUCGCUCAUGUCAAGCACUAAGAUCUAGUCAGAAAAAAAAACUAAAAAAAAAAAACAUUAACAAUGUUAAACCAUGUAAAAUGAAUUUAAAAAAAGAACUAGGUGUGUUUUUUGUGUCGCUUUAUUAAGUGCAUGAAGUCAAGAGUCUGAACAAAAAAAAAACUUUCUUUUCUUUUUCAUCCUUUCCCUUUUAUCUUCCGCUCCUUUCUCAGCUGUGCUGAAGGCAUUUCUUAGUAGUGCGUGAAGGAUCUCUCCAGCUUUAGUGCUCUCCUGUGAUAGUCUCUUCUUCUUCAAACAAAAAAAAUAUAAACAAAACAAAGUAAAUCAUAAAAUUGAAAAAGCUUAUUGUUGCCGGGGCAACGGGUGGGGCUUCUCUUCUAUCGAUAUACCUGUAAACAUAUAAACAGCUUGACUCUUGGACCUUUUUCUUUUUUCUUUUGUUGUGUUGUCUGGCACAAAAAAAAAAGCGACUAUAUAUAGCAGUGUUCGGAUUAGGAAUGGUUAACUCGUAUAGCGUUUGUUCUUUUGUAUAACUCUUUAAGGAAUUACACCGACUCAUGUUUUUGGGUACCGUCAUCAAGACCACUUCUUUUAAAAAAACAAAACUGCGAGAAAGAGAGACGGGAGGAAGCUCUAGCGAGUGAUGGCCAGCUUGGUGAACCUGUCCAACUUUGUACUCUGUCUCAGUGUGGUUGUUUUCUUUACUUUACUGUUUUUUUCUUAGCCAUGGACUCUUAACUAUUUGCACUUAAGAUGUAACCAUUAAUGAAUGCGAAAAUAAAUGUUCUUAAAUGUA